CUGUAACAAACGUAACUCCUCCACAGAUUUCAACGAGAAAAUAGCAUUCUUAUCUCUCGGUUUCAUCCUUCUUCAUUUCCCCAUCGAUUUCUUACAUCCAUGUCUAAGAUAAGAUCUGAUCGCAGGCCACCGCUAGCCAGAUCGCCCUUGCGGCUCAGAUCUCGCCGGGUUCCUCAAUCCAAUUCAACACCCUCCAUGCAAACGCCGCCUGGUUCUUUGACAAAAUCGCAGAAAAUGAACCGUCUUCCAGAUCUGCAAGAAUCGGAACUCCGACCUGAGUAUCGGAUGAUUUCAUGCGAAUUACGGGCUCUGGCAAGUAUGGUUAGGAUGGAAUUAGGAUGUGAAGAAUCUGAAAAUGGCGGAGACGGCGACAAAUUGAACGUGAAUUCGAGUUCUCUGUUCGAGCGAGGGAGAUUUUACGACGUGUACUCUGCGAGGAGGAACGAGAGGCUUAAGAGAAAGAAAGCAGAGUCCGUGGCAGAGAUCAAGACUCCACACAAUCUCGGCGUGACGGUUGAAUCUUCGAAACGGCACAGUUCGAAGAAGCUAGUAAAUAGCUUGAGGAAAUCGGUUUCUGCGGCGUAUUCUGUGGAGCGGAGCGAGGUGGCUCCGAGGUACUUACUGCGUAGCAUGACAAAGGAGAAUAAGAAGCCUCCAUUGCCGGUGAAUCUAGAGAAAUCAGUGAUUGCUGCAGGAGAAAGGAAAAUCGGCCCUCGAAGAGCACGAAGAAUCUGAAGAAUUAGGGAUCUUUAUUUCAAUAAGGUGGAAUUAUAGUUUUUCACCUCUGUUAUUGAUCUUUAUUUCAGAUAAACUGGAUUAAUUUUUCCUCAAUGUGUUUCGAUUUGAGUUUGGAUAGGAUUUAUGUAGGGUAAAUGUUGUGUUUGCUUU